AUGGAAGUUUCAAAGUGUCUUUCUCUUUGUUUGCUACUAUGGAAUCUUAUCAUUUCAUUACUGAAGGGAGUCGAAGCUUCUCAUAGGGUUUUCCCUGAAUAUCAGUUUUUGGCUGCAACAACCGUUAAGCAACUCCAUAGAACGGUUUACCAUUUUCAGCCUCCAAAGCAUUGGAUCAAUGAUCCAAAUGGCCCCAUGUAUUAUAAUGGAUUCUACCAUUUGUUUUAUCAAUACAACCCCAAGGGGUCGGUGUGGGGCAACAUAGUAUGGGCACAUUCAGUCUCAAAAGAUUUGGUGAAUUGGGAACCCCUUGAACCUGCAAUCUACCCUUCAAAACCCUUUGAUAUAAAGGGCACUUGGUCAGGUUCAGCCACCAUUUUCCCAGGCGAUAAAGUGGUUAUUUAUUACACAGGGAUCGACGCCAAGGAAAAGCAGUUACAAAACUACGCCGUACCGGAGAACCCGUCGGAUCCUUACCUACGUAAAUGGAAAAAGCCCAAGGAAGGAAACCCGAUGGUGGUUCCCGAUAAUGAGAUCAACGGCAGUUCCUUUCGUGAUCCCACGACCGCAUGGCAAGCAAAUGGGUAUUGGCACAUAUUGGUCGGGAGUAGGAAAAACGACGUCGGUGUAGCUUAUUUGUUCAAGAGCAAGGAUCAAAAGACAUGGGUCAAAACUCCUGUUCCUUUGCACCAGGUCCCGGGAACAGGCAACUGGGAAUGUCCGGAUUUCUACCCUGUUUCGAUUUCUGGUAAGACGGGGUUGGAUACUUCUGAACUAGGGAACGAUGUGAAACAUGUUUUGAAAGUGAGCUUGGACGCGACAAGAUAUGAUUAUUACACGAUUGGAACUUAUUUCCCGGACCAAGACAAGUAUGUUCCCGACAAGGGCCAGGCUGAUGGCUGGGAUGGACUUAGAUUAGAUUAUGGUAACUUUUAUGCAUCGAAGUCGUUCUUUGAUCCAGUGAAGCACAGGAGGAUUGUAUGGGGUUGGAGUAAUGAGUCCGAUACUAAGCAAGAUGAUGUUAAAAAAGGAUGGGCUGGAAUUCAGUUGAUUCCUAGAACAGUGUUGCUUGAUCCCAGUGGAAAGCAAUUGGUGCAAUGGCCUGUUGAAGAGAUUGAGACACUCAGGGGGCAAAUGAUCCAUAAGAGCAAUCAUAAGCUUGAAACAGGGAAGCCUGUUAAACUAUCCCAAGGGAUAACUGGCGCUCAGGCUGAUGUUGUAGUCACUUUCUCAAUACCCAACUUGGACAAAGCUGAGCCGUUCGAUCCUAGUUGGAAAGAUCCUCAAGACCUUUGUUUCAAAAAGAAAUCAGUGCAGGGCGCAAUCGGUCCGUUCGGUCUGAUGGUGUUGGCUACGGAAAAGCUAGAAGAAUUCACUCCAGUUUUCUUCAGGAUAUUCAAAGCUAAAGACAACAAACCUGUUGUUCUCAUGUGCUCUGAUGAAGAACAUUCCACCCUGAAGACUGAUGUCUAUAAACCAAUGUACGGUGGCUUUGUAGAUGUCGAUUUGGCUGAUAAAAAACUCUCUCUCAGAAGUUUGAUUGAUCACUCGGUGGUGGAGAGCUUUGCAGCAGGUGGGAAAACAAUCAUCAGCAACAGGGUAUAUCCAACAGUAGCAGUAUUUGAGAUGGCUCAUGUGUUUGCAUUCAACAAUGGAACUGAACCAAUCACUCUGGAACGCGCGCUCCUGUGCUUAUAGCAUGCAAAG